CACAGCACAGUCCCAUCGACUCAGCUGUACACUGCUCCGCCGAUGAGUACCGUGAUCUCAUGACCCAGGCACCUUUCAAAUACCCCAUCUCUGAACAUCACAGGGGCUGUGCAAACUCGGGGACACUUCUUCCUCCUGGACUGGUCUUCACCAAGAAACCUUUAGUGCAGCUCAACGCUAGGCUGUCCUUCUCUUCAAGCAAGACGCAUCCCUGUCCCCACCCAGCUGUCUUCAGCCCCGGGCCUUCCAGAGCUUCCAGAGCUGUCAGGAGGAAUGGCACCAGCUGUGGCCCAGCUCCUUUUCCUUCAGCUUGUUCUAGGGCCAACGCCAGUUGAGAACAUCAAGCUGCAUCCCGAAGUCCAAAACUUCCGCACCUUACACGUCGACUAUCCCAAGGUUACCUACGCGGAGGGUUUCCAGGGCUACUGCAAUGGCUUUAUGGCCUAUGUGAGGGGCAGAAGGCAAAACUGGUAUUGCCCUGAGAUCCAUUAUGUGCUACAUGCCCCCUGGAAAGACAUCCAGAAGUUCUGCAGCUAUACUGACUACUUCUGUGAUGUCUACAACGAAUAUUGCACACUCACUCGGGACUUUUUUUCUGUCACGACCUGCACCCUGGACCCUGACCAUACAUCCAUCAGCUGUUCCUACACCACCAACAUAACCAGACGAAGGGUCUAUCUGCUCUGUUCCCGCAGGUAUAAAGGAGACCCAAUAGGUAUCAUCAGCCUCGUUUAGGGAAUUUAAUUCCCAAACCAUCCCUACCCUUGUUCCCAUGUCUGAAACUUUGAUUCCUGCAAUCAGCCUUCUUCCCUGACUCUCACGGCAGGCAGGGCCCAGAGACCAGGCGGGUAGGAAAAUGCCCAGGGCUUUGGUCAUGGUGGAAAGUUGUAGUGUCUUCCUAUGUCCUUUCCAGUUUGUUUACCACUUCCUCACUCCCCCACCCCCAUCCUCCCUCUCCCAGCGACGGUAAAACCCACCCAAGAAGCUGGCUGUGUUCACUUGGCAGUGCCUGUCCCUGCACUGGGCCAGAUCCUGACUCCUGGGUGGAGGCCCAGGGCCCAGCUCACACCAUAGCAACAGGCUCUACUCCCACCCCCCUGCUUCCUGUCUGUCUUCCCCAUUUCGCUUCUAAGUCCUCCACUCACAAACCCACACAGCAGUAUCUCUGGCUAUGGGAACCUUCCUGAGAGCCUGAGGCCCACCUUAGCCUCAUUUUUCCACGACUCCCUCGGUCUCUAGCCUGCUUCUCUCUGUGGGAUCACUGAUGCCCUCUUCAUGGAACGUGUCAUUUUCUCCCUGUCCCACCAUGGAGCCCGGUGCUGUUUCUCAUCCAUACCUGCAACUGCUUGGCCACACUGCCUUCUUUUUUCAGUCUCUUCCUUCCACCCCUCUCAUCUUGACCAACUGUAAUUUCACGUUAUCUUCUCUUACCCAUUUCCCUCAAGGUUCCUGCAUCCCUCUCCUUCUAGAAGCUUCUCCCAAAAUUGUCCAAACUGCAAGGACUGCCAUUGACAAAAUAGUGUGUGAAGCAGGCCCAGCUCCAAUCACGUAAAAAGUUUUGGUGGUGCAGGGGAUCAAACCCCAAGUGUCACACAUGCUAGGCAAGUGCUCUGCCACUAAGCUAUUUCCCUGACCCCCUACUCAUGUAAAGUUUAAAAACCAUAUCUGACUUAAAAUAGAAUCGCUGUGCCAAGAAUACUGGUGUAC